UUGGGGUGGUGUGGUUUGUUUUGGUGCGGGGAAAGGCCGCACAAAACCCUCUCUGCCUGGGUUGCAAAGCCCUGUGGCAAACGUAAUUGAAGUGCUUCGCUUUCAAACCAUGGCUUCUCGCUCUCUAUCCUCGAGAAAUCUCUCUCAUCUCUUCCGCACAUCCAGAGUGAGUUCUUGUACAUCCUUAUCUCACCCACCUCCUGCAUUCUUCUCCACGCACAUCGUUGGCGACACCCCCAUUCUCGUUAGGGAUUUUGUAAGGUCAGCAUUGUAUGAUCCAAAUCAUGGCUACUUCUCCCAAAGAUCGGGUUCAGUUGGAGUGCUUGAGAAAAGCAUUAAGUUCAAUCAGCUCGAAGGGAGGAAGGUUUAUAUGCAGUAUUUGGAUACUAUAUACAAGAAGAAUGACAUAUCAUGGUUUACUCCGGUGGAACUUUUUAAGCCUUGGUAUGCCCACGGCAUUGCUGAAUCCAUAUUGCGAACCGCAAAUCUUUCCAUUCCAUUAAAAAUAUAUGAAAUUGGUGGUGGAUCAGGAACUUGUGCGAAAGGCAUUAUGGAUUACAUAAUGUUGAAUGCACCUACAAGAGUUUACAGUAACAUGACUUACAUUUCAGUGGAAAUCAGUUCUUCACUGGCCAAGAAACAAUUAGAAACUGUUGGAGAAGUUCACACUCAUUUAUCAAAGUUUAGAGUAGAGUGUCGUGAUGCUGCUGACCAGAGUGGGUGGGACGUGGCAAGAUUGUCCUCCAAGCUUUGUUUGGUUGACAAUGAUGCUGGUCAUUGGGUGCCAGCCAUGGUUAAUGCGGACCAACAACCAUGCUGGGUAAUAAUGCUGGAGGUGCUUGAUAAUCUUCCACACGAUCUUAUCUAUUCGCAGAAUCAAGUUUCACCAUGGAUGGAAGUGUGGGUUGAAAAGCAACAUGAAAGGUCAGAACUUUCUGAGUCAUAUAAGCCAUUACAAGAUCCACUAAUUAGAAGAUGUUUGGAGAUCAUUGAUUUGGACAAAGAUAAUACAACUCGAGGAGGCUGGGCAACUUCCACAACCCGAAAUAUCAUGGCUAAAGUUUUUCCGAAGCCUCGAAGAUGCUGGCUUCCUACUGGUUGUUUGAAACUUCUAGAAGUUUUACAUGGAGCCCUACCGAAGAUGUCUUUGAUUGCUUCAGAUUUCAGUUACCUUCCUGAUGUGAAAAUACCUGGUGAAAGAGCUCCAUUGGUUUCAACGAAGAAAGAUGGGAGCAGUGCAGAUUACAACAGUUAUCUAAAUGCAAAGGGUGACGCUGACAUCUUUUUCCCAACGGACUUUUGGCUUUUGGAACGCAUUGAUCAUUAUUCCUCUGGGUGGAUGAAGCUGCAAAAGGAUAAAUCAUCCAAGCCAGGGAAAAAAAGGCGGACGAUUAUGCUUGAUACAUCAUCAUUCAUGGAAGAGUUUGGUCAGCCCUUGAGAACUAGAACCAAAGAUGGAUACAACCCUCUUCUCGAUGACUUCAAGAAUACAAAAAUUUAUCUGAGUGUUCCAACACACAAUACCAAGUAGACAUCUGGCAUGGUAAAUUCUCACUCUCCAUGUAAACAUUCUGGUGGAAACACUUGGCAGAAAAUUUCUAGGGCAUUAAAGCGGCAGAUUUUGGAAUAUUAAGAGAAACGAGAUAAUACCAGUUAAAUUAUAUCACCGGCAUCUGAACAGUUUUAUGAGCUUUGCAUUAGCGCGUUUGAUGAUGUAUCUUGUCCUGUACAUUAGAAUGUUACAGGAGCAGUUUUUGGAAGCAUGAUUUAGGUCCGAAUGAUGCACUUUAAAGUCAUCUGGGAUUUGCUUAUUUUUGUAUGUACAAUAAUUAGUGCCUUACUAGGUGACAGUUAUUUUUCUUUUCUGGGUUCCUGAAAUUGACUAAACAUAUUGUGCUAAAAAAUGAUUCCAAAACAUUGAUCAUAAUUCAUACCUGUCCUUAGUG